UGUCAUUCAGUUUACGCAGCGCCACAAGAACUCGAACACACAUGGAUGUGGUGGUGGUGUGAUUUUGAAAAUGACAGCAACUUAAUUGUGUCUUGCAUGUUUUUAUAUCCAAAGUAAAAGUGAAAUGAUAUUAAUUAACACGUUAAAUGACUCUGAUCAGUUCCGCGUGUCUGUUGCUGCGAUCAGUUUCACGCAAUGUACAUCAGGCGAACCAUAAAUGCCCAUGUGUUCUGUCAACAUCACGUCUUUACACUGGGGGAACUUCAAAGACCACAGCCGAGCAGUCCAAAGCCCAACUUCGAAAAUUCAAAGUUGAAGAGAAGCUUUUUAGAAGAAGAUUGCGAUCAUUUCAUCAGAGGUUUGCUAAUGUGCCGGAGAAAACCACAUUUCAGGGACAAAAUCACAUAUACUUUGAAGAUGGCAAAGGAAUCUACAGAUCAGCCCUGGGACAUGAUGAUGAGGAGAUGGUGGAGGUCUUCUCUGCUGAUUGGGGAGGAGAUGAAUAUGGAACGAUCCAGAAGAUCAGACUAUCUCCCUCAGAGAGCAUGCUAGCAGCCACUGUGAAGAAAGACCAUCAUGAGGAGACCAGAUGUGUGUUGGUUCAUCUAGGGGGAAUUUCCCUUUCUCAGAAAGUCCUGCUGGUUUUAGACAAUGUUAUUAGUUUUGAAUGGGCCACAGAUGAUGUCCUGUUCUACAGCACACAGGAGUCUCUUAAGAGCCUUCAUGUUUUUCGUCUUCAUCUCAGUGAUACCGGUGUCCAGACUGACCUUGUUUAUGAAGAAAAAGAUCCAGAGUUCUUUGUGGAAGUCAGUCAUACCAGAGAUCAAAGACUGGUCACAAUAAACUGUAACAGUAAGAGUAGUUCUGAAGUCUGGUUUAUUGACAGCAAGGCUCCAUUUUUGUCGCCCACCCUCAUUCAGUCCCGUCAACCUGGUCUACUGUAUUUCGUGGAGCACUCGGAUGACCAUCUGUUUAUCCUUGCUAACACUGGAAAAGGACAGGAGUAUCAGGUCCUCAGGGCACCUGUAGCUUCUCCGUCCAUGCCACACUGGGUGCCGUUGUUCAGGCCUGUUCCAGGAACAGUCAUUAAAGAUAUGGAGCUGCUUCAGGAUCACUGUGUGUUCACCCUGAAAGAUUCACAAUGUGGACUUCAGAUUCAGAUCCUUUCCUUAAAAGAGCCCUAUCAAUUAAAAACGCUGCAGCUUCCCCAGUGGGCAUGUGAUCUAUCGCCAGAGCGUGUAGGGACCUUGGACGAAGGGUCAUUUGGUUUUCUCCUCUCCUCUCCAGUGCACCCACCCGUACGCUACCUCUGCUCCCCCAGGGCACAGCGGCUCUACGUAACAGAGGACAACACCCAGUAUAUCUCCCUUUCUGAAUAUAACACAACACGCCUGCAAGCGACCAGCCAGGAUGGAACAAUGGUGCCGUUGACUCUUUUUCACAUGCCUGCAUUAACUGAGCUGAGUAAAGCUCCAGUGCUUCUGCAUGUAUAUGGAGCUUAUGGUAUAGACCUCAACAUGACCUUUAGUCCUGAGAAGAGACUGCUGCUGGAGGACGGCUGGGCUCUGGCCUACUGCCAUGUAAGGGGCGGUGGUGAAUGUGGUCUAGCUUGGCACAGGUCAGGUUCUUUGCUGCAAAAGCAGAGGGGAGUGCAAGAUCUUGCUGCUUGCAUUCAGACGCUUCAUCGCUUAGGAGUGUCUCAGCCCAAUUUGACUGCCCUCACUGCUCGCAGCGCCGGAGCCGUCUUAGCGGGGGCACUGUGCAACCAAAACUCGCAGCUUCUGAGAGCUGUUAUUUUACAGGCACCUUUUCUGGAUAUACUGGGCACUAUGCAAGACCCUUCUCUUCCACUUACUAUAGAGGAGAGGGGAGAGUGGGGUGACCCCCUUUUAAGCCCAGAGCACAGGGACAACAUUGCCUCUUACUGCCCCUGUCACAACAUCACACCUCAGCUUUAUCCAUCCAUGCUGAUCACAGCAUACUCAGAAGAUCGCAGAGUUCCUUUAUCAGGGGUUAUGAAUUAUGUGGAAAGACUGAAGAAAGCUAUUUACGUGUAUACUUCUGGAGCUGGCGCUAAUAGUGAGUGUAUAUGUCUUUCACAUGUUCCUGUUGUCAUUCUGGACAUCCAGCCAGGCGCUGAUCACUUUGGACCUGAGGAUUUUUACCUGUCCUUAAAUGAGAAAGAACAACUUUUCAACUGGAUACAAUACAUUUUAUCUUUAAGCAACAUACAACAUGCAUGCCAGGUAAAAAUAAAGCCUUUUCCAGACAGGGCUUAUCUAUUUGCAUGUUUGUGCAGCCUUCAUUUAAAAAAAUCUUGCCCUGACAUACUUUAACAUAUAUCUGUGCCAUUGUUUUGUCUCAGUAUACAUACCAGUAAUGUUUUUUGUAUGUUAUGUUUGUAAAAACUACUUUAAUGUCCUAAUAUAAAUAAGGCUUAGUCCUGGAUUAAUCUAAACCCGGUCCAGGAAACUGCCCCAAAUCAAUUACAUCACUUGCAUGACAUGACUGAUUUAUUUACUUUUGCUCAUACCUUGGGAACUUUAUCACAGAAAAUGUAGGUGUUUUGAAACCUUGACUCUUUAAAACCUCAGUAUACCUUGAAACCCGUAACCGGCCCACGCCUGUAGUUGUUUUGUUCACGCCUGUAGUGUUGUUUGGUGUUACAUAUUAACUUGUAGCAGACUCUGCUCGGGUUAGAAAGCAGUUUAUAAGAAACAGCUUACAUGUUUAGAGGGUUAUAUAGUAAUAUAUUUCUGUACAUUCAAAAUUGUUUAAUUUGUUUUU